AUGGGUUUGGGAGCUAAGAUCAAGAACGCCCUCCACAGCGACGACCACCCUCAAAAGACCACAUACGAGGGCGACCAGCCACCCGGAGCAUUCCCCUCCGACUCUACCACAACCGGAACCUCCAAGCCCACAACCGGUGGCUACACCGGAGGCACCACCGGCACUACCGGAAGCCAUAUCCCUAGUACCACCGGUACCGGCACGCAUCACACCAGCAACACCACUACUGGCUACAAUGAUCCCGAUGGAGUUCACGGCCCCCAUGCCGGAAGAGUAGCCAACAAGGCCGAUCCGAGAGUGGAUUCUGACCGGGACCACCGCGACGCGCCCACCUCCGGCUUGACCGGCAACACCCACGGCACCACCCACGGCACAACCACCGGCCAUACUGGAGGCUUGACCGGCAGCAACACCGCAGGAUACAGCAACACCACCACGGGCUACGAUGACCCCGAUGGCGUCCACGGCCCGCAUGGAGGAAGAGCUGCCAACAAGCUCGACCCCAGAGUCGACUCCGAUCGCGACCACCGUGGUGCUCCUACUGCUGGUCUGACUGGCAACAACACCUACGACAACACCACCGGCACCGGCCACGCCGGAGGUCUACACAGCAACCCCCACGGUACCACCGGAGGUGUCGGAGGUGUCGGUGGCAACACCACCACCGGCUACAACGACCCCGAUGGCGUUCACGGUCCUCACUCCGGCAGAGCCGCCAACAAGCUGGAUCCCAGAGUUGAUUCGGACCGCGACCACCGCGGCGCGCCAGGCGCAGAUGUCACUGGCACCCACCGUCCCCAUGACUCCGGUGUCGAGGUCGGCCACGGUGUUGGCCACAACAAGCCCUACAAGGGCGAGUACCUCGCCAACGCUGAGCGCGCCAACGCCCAGGACCCCUACUGGGGCGACGUCGGCCGUGAUGGCUCUGCUCUCAACAAGGACUUGCCCCUGCGCCCCAAUGAAUCUGCCGUCGGCCAUGGAGGUCCUCAGGCCGUCGGUGGAGGACACUACAACCCCGCGGCGUCAACACACCACGACCCUGCGUCCAGCGUCGACCGUUCUAUGGAGGGUCGCGACUUUACUCACCCCCACGGCUCCGGUGCUGGAGUUGGCGGUGCCGGCAGUGACCCCUACAGCGGCGUCCACAGCGCUGCUCACAACCCCCAGGCGGCUUUGUCCGGCGGCAACGUCAAUGACCCGUACGACACUCGCAUGAGAGACAGAGACAUGGGCCGUGAGCGCACCGGACAUGGAGCUGCUGGUGCUGGUAUCGGUGCUGGCGUUGGUGCUGGAGCCGCCGUGGCUGCUGGCCAGGCUGCUCACAGACAUCACCGCGAUGAUUUGCAUGAGUCUGGUCUCGGAGGCAAUAACACUGUUGGCGGCGUUAACUCUCCUGUUGGGCACAACACCCACGGUACCCACGGCGGCGUCACCGGAACCCAUGGGAGUGUCACUGGCACCCACGCUGGUGGCGUCCAUGACCAGCACCGCUCCAGCCUUACCGGCAACGAGCCCGGCGUUCCCAAGACUAGCAUGCUCGAUCCCUACAACCAGUCUCCUACCGGCACUCACGGCACCACCCACAGCAACGUUGCUGGCACUGGUCUCGGAGGACACACUGGAUCUUCCGGUCUGAACCAAGGUACGCACUCUUCUCAUGUCCCUGGCACCACCGGCCCGGGACCCCAAGGAAUGGGUCCUGACCAUUACGGCCCAGGACAUGAUGGAGCCAAGGUCUUUCACACCUGCACUAAGUGCGGCGAGGACAACGAUAUCAGCAGAUACUUCAAGAAGGAUGCUGUCUACCGUAUGAACUAA